UCACGCAACCUGGUCUCCUAGAUUUCUUCCUCGCUCUGUCUCGAUCUAUCUCCCAGUUUGCACUACUCUCGUAUAUAGAAGAAGAAUAAAAGGGUUAAUUCAUUUGAUCGAUCGAUAACAUGUCGUAUGGCAUCGACGAAGACUCCCCCAGCUACGGCAGGGACGCCACGGUGCCGCUGCUCCCGUCGGUGGCUGGAAGCGGCUACGGGGAACGGCAGAUGUCGUCGCAGCCCAAGACGUUCGCGAACGUGUUCAUCGCGAUCGUCGGUGCCGGCGUGCUGGGCCUCCCCUAUGCCUUCCGGCAAACCGGGUGGGCCGCCGGCGCCCUUCUCCUCGUCGCCGUCGCAGCCUUUACCUUCCACUGCAUGAUCCUUCUCAUCCACACCUGCCGCCGCGUCGAGCUCGACACGUUCGACAUUAUCGCCUCCUUCGGCGAUCUCGGCCUCGCCGUCGCCGGCCCAGUCGGACGCCUAGCCGUCGACGUCAUGAUCGUGCUCAGCCAGUGCGGCUUCUGCGUCGGCUACCUCAUCUUCAUCUCCAACACCCUCACCUUCCUCGCACCGUUAUCCCUACCCUCUCUUUCCUCCACAUCCUUCUACGUGCUCGCCAUGCUUCCAUUCCAGCUCGGCCUCAACUCGAUUCCGACCCUCACACACCUCGCCUUGCUCAGCAUCUUCGCCGACAUCGUCGACAUCGGCGCUAUGGGGGUCGUCAUCGCCGAGGACGCCUCCAUCUUGCUCUCCAACCCUCCACCGGUCCGCGCCUUCACGGGGCCCUCCGUUCUCCUCUACGGCAUCGGGGUCGCCGUCUACGCCUUCGAGGGCGUCGGCAUGGUCAUCCCCCUUGAGGCCGAGGCCGGAGACAAGGCCAACUUCGGGAACACCCUCGGCUUCUCCAUGGCCCUCAUCGCUUUCACCUACGGCCUCUUUGGCGUUCUCGGCUACGCGGCCUUCGGCGAGGAGACCCGGGACAUCAUCACCACCAACCUCGGCGAUGGCGUUCUCAGCGUGCUCAUCCAGCUGGGCCUCUGCAUUAACCUCUUCUUCACCUUCCCGGUCAUGAUGAACCCGGUGUUUGAGGUGGCCGAGCGCUGGCUGCACGGGAAGAGGUACUGCUGGUGGCUGCGGUGGGCCGCGGUGGUAGCGGUGAGCCUGGUGGCCACGCUGGUGCCCAACUUCGGCGACUUCCUGUCGCUGGUUGGGAGCAGCGUGUGCGUCGUGCUCGGGUUCGUGCUGCCGGCGUGGUUCCACCUCAAGGUGUUCCGAGAGGAGCUCGGCUGGGCCAGCACUAUCGCAGACAUCGCCAUCGUCAUCGCCGGAUUGGUGCUGGCCAUCUUCUCCACCUGGUCUUCUCUCGUGUCCAUCUUCAGCUCUGUGUAAUCUUGAUUACGUGGUCGGCAUCAGUAGAAUUUCUCUCUCCUUGGACACAUUCCAACAGAGAACGUUAGGCCGGGAAGCGUUAGAUCUCAACUUCUCAGAGUAUUAAUUACUUGAGGAGACGAGAGAGACGGAGCUGCACUAUAGAUUUGCGGGCUUUAAAUAUGU